UUACCGACAGUCAUGCGGUCAGGUCACAGUAACGCGUGUGACUGAGUCCGUGAGCUGAGGCGGCGGACGCCGUUAGCAGAUUUGUUAACCGGCUGGUGGAGCAGCUAGCGGGUUAGCUAGCGGUCCGAGUGAGUGGGAGUUUAGCCGCUAACAGCUAACGGCUAACAGCUAACAGGAGAUGGAGGAGUUUUUGUUGAGCUGCCGCCGAGCCGCACAGGUGAACACAGACCAGCCUGGUCCUCAGUUCCACGUUGUCCUGGGGAACGAGGCCUGUGAUGUGGACUCCAUGGUGUCUGCGCUGGCCUACGCCUUCCUUCUGUCCAAGACCGUGCACAGUGAGAUGCUCGCUCUCCCUCUGCUGAACAUCCGUCAGUCAGACCUGGUGCUGCGUUCAGAUAACGUCUUCCUGCUGCGACAGACCGGUUUGUCCCCAGAGCUCCUGCUGUUCAGAGACCAGCUGGACCUGCGAGCCCUGCAGAGAGCCGGCCGCCUGCAGCUGACGCUGGUCGACCACAACGUCCUGCCCAGUUCAGACAGUGACCUGGAGGGGGCGGUGGUGGAGGUGAUCGACCAUCACCUUUUGGAGAGAGAGCCCUCCCCUUCCUGUCCUGUUACUGUGGAGUCGGUGGGAUCCUGCGCUACCUUGGUAACAGAACGCAUCGUCCAGAAAGCUCCUCAGAUCCUGGACCAGCAGCUCGCUCAGCUGCUCUAUGCGGCAGUGGUGUUGGACUGUGUCAACAUGGCUCCUGCAGCAGGGAAAGUGACUCCUAAAGACAGUCAGUACGCUGCCGUGUUGGAGACCCGUUUCCCCGCUCUGCCACAGAGGGGCGCUCUCUUCCAGGCGCUCCAGAACGCCAAGUUUGACGUCUCAGGGCUGAACACUGAACAGAUGCUGUUGAAGGACAUGAAGACAGUUUCAGGAAGUCUGAAUGUCGCCGUCUCCGUUCUCUACGUCACACUGGAGGAGUUCCUGCAGAGGACGGAGUUGGAGGCGGAGCUCUCAGGUUUCUGUCAGAAGUUUGGAUUUGAUUUGCUGCUGCUGAUGACCAUCUCUUUCACUGAGAGCAAAGAGCCAAUCAGAGAGCUCGCUGUGUUUAGCCACAGCAGCACCUGCAGGGAACAGGUGAGCCAGUACAUGGAACAGGCCCAUAACCCCGCCCUCAGCCUCUGUCCAAUCAGCAGCCCCCAUCCUCACAUCACAGCCUAUCAGCAAGGAAACAGUCUGGCGUCUCGUAAGAAGGUCCUCCCCAUCAUUAAAGACUUCCUGAAGGAGCAUGACGGAGACGGUCCUCUGGGAGACGCGGAGGAGGAGGAGUCUCAGGUCCCUCCGACCCCAAUGAACAGUCUGGUGGAGGGCUGUCCUCUGGACGAUGGUCUGCCUCACAUCAGCGCUCAGGACCUGGUAGAGAAAGUCAGCAAGAUGGCCGACAGAGGAGGAGACUAACCCUUGACCUGUCACCUGUGAGUGUGUCUGCAGAGGACGAAGGUACCACAGAGACACACAGAGGACAGAGUCAGAAUAAAAAGUCUGUUUGUCUCUGAAACACAAAGUUUGUUGAUUUAAGUUCUGGACUCUGAACAUGGACGGCGACGUCCACGGGACCAGCAGGUCCAGUCUGACGUUUGUGUCUGUGUUUAAAAUGACGUCCCCUGUGAGAACAUGACACGUCCAACAUGUCAGACAAACAGGAGACAGUUUAACCGAACAUAAAGACAAUCAGAGACACGUUUGCAUCAGCAUGUUGUGAUGAGUGAACUGAUCGACAGCCAAUAAUCAAAGGAUAACGUCAUUUAAAACUCUGAACUGCUGCUCUGUUCAGACUCAGGGUCUGCUCUGGGCCCCUGAGGCCCCUGUGCUCUGGGCUCCUGAGGCCCUGGGCCCCUGAGGCCCUGGGCCCCUGAGGCCCUGGGCCCCUGAGGCCCUGGGCCCCUGUGCUCCCGGCCCCUGAGGUCCCCGGCCCCUGAGGCCCUGGGCCCCUGCUGUCCGUUUCAUUAUUCCCUCAGAAAUCAACCAGGACUCAGACCAGUUACACAACUGACUGAAAAUUAAUUGGCAACAAUUUAAGGAUCAAUUGUUAAAAUCAUUUUCAUUGAAACGUCUUUGGUUCCAGCUUCUUACGUCCGAAUCUUUCAUGGUUCAGCUGGUUUCAGAACGUGUUCACCUGACUUCACGCGUCCCUCGCCUGCUCACUGAGCCGUCGGUUAUCAGACAAAUACCUGGACCAGAGUCCGUCUACAGGUCCAGAACCACAGGGUGGAGGACGGAGGACCUGACGUAGCUCACCUUCUACUUCACUGAAGCAAAUUUCAACAAAACGACGACCUGAGGUGACCCAGAGCUUCACUGACUGACUGACACCUGUCAUGGUGCUUGGCUGUGACGUCCGUGUUUUCAGUGCAUGUCGGUGCGUGUCGGUGCGUGUUGGUGCGUGUUGGUGCGUGUCGGUGCGUGUCGGUGAGUGUUCGUGCGUGUCGGUGAGUGUCGGUGCGUGUCGGUGAGUGUCGGUGAGUGUUCGUGCGUGUCGGUGCGUGUCGGUGAGUGUCGGUGCGUGUCGGUGAGUGUCGGUGCGUGUCGGUGCGUGUCGGUGAGUGUCGGUGAGUGUCGGUGCGUGUCGGUGCGUGUCGGUGAGUGUCGGUGCGUGUCGGUGAGUGUCGGUGAGUGUUCGUGCGUGUCGGUGCGUGUCGGUGAGUGUCGGUGCGUGUCGGUGAGUGUCGGUGCGUGUCGGUGCGUGUCGGUGAGUGUCGGUGCGUGUCGGUGCGUGUCGGUGAGUGUCGGUGCGUGUCGGUGCGUGUCGGUGAGUGUCGGUGCGUGUCGGUGCGUGUCGGUGAGU